AAUAGUUAUUGACACCCUAUGUUAAGAGUGGAUGAAAGUCAGGAUAAUAAGAGCCUAAAAAGAAGAAGUAACCAAGAAGAUACCAAAGAAAGCACCAGCAUAAAAGGAGAAGGGCUUAGUUGAUCAAAGUAGGAUAAAAAGGGUCAUCAGUCACCCCAACAAAGUUUGUGGCAGAAAUGAAAUACCAAUUCAAGUUAGAGAGAGAGAGAGAAGGUGGCCAAGGCUAGCUCUUCAUCAGAUAUAUAUCAAAGCAAGGUCUCUCUUACUUCCUUUUUCAUGUUUCUUCCUUAAUUUCCCCCUUUAUCCCUUUUUCCAAAUCUUUGAUCCUUCUCUUUAAGUAUACUCCUUUUCAUCUUUUUAUGAAAAAAAGCAAAAAUCAUCAGGGAACAAGCUUAAAGUUCUUGAAUCUGAAACUUGUUUUGUGGGUUCAGACAAAAACAAACACACACAUAUAUAGGUGAGUUGGAUAUAUAUAUAUAUAUAUAUAUAUAUAUGAAAGAGAUGUGUGAGGAGGACAAAGAACAAGGUGACUGUUCUCAUAGUAUCCAUAACAUGCAAAGCUACCAAGAACAAUUAUUUCUUCUUCAACAGCACCACCAACAGAUGCAGCAACAAAACUGUGAAUUGGGUAGGUCAGGGUUGAUCUACCCUGAAGUUUCUCCAACCCUAACAUGGUCUCUCCCUCCGGUUCACACUUCCAACCCGGUUCAUUUCCCGGUAAAUCCGGUUCGCCACCACAACCCAUUUCUUCUACCUCCUCCACCAUCAACCUACGGUGCUUUAUUCAAUAGAAGGCCUCCUGAUCCACAGUUUGCAUACGAGGGACCGUCGUUGGACCACCUCCGGCUCAUUUCUGACUCACUUGGUGGUCAUCAGGCGGUUCAACCGGCCGGUUCGUCCAUCUUUUGUCUCCAAGCCGAGUUGGGUAAGAUGACUGCUCAAGAAAUCAUGGAUGCUAAGGCUCUUGCUGCUUCCAAGAGCCAUAGUGAGGCUGAAAGGAGGAGAAGAGAGAGAAUCAAUAACCAUCUUGCUAAAUUGCGCAGCUUGCUACCCAGCACCACUAAAACAGAUAAAGCUUCAUUGCUAGCUGAGGUGAUACAACAUGUGAAGGAGCUUAAACGCCACACAUCUGAAAUAGCUGAAUCAAGUCCGGUGCCAACUGAGGACGACGAGCUAACCGUGGAUGAAUAUGACGAGGAUGGAAAGUUUAUGAUCAAAGCUUCACUCUGCUGUGAAGACAGGCCCGAUCUCUUGCCUGACCUUAUCAAGACCUUGAAAGCUCUGAGACUCAGAACACUUAAAGCUGAGAUCACAACGCUUGGUGGGCGUGUUAAGAAUGUUUUGUUCGUAACUGGGGACGAUCAAGAUUCGAAUGGUGGUGAUCUACAGCAACAACAACAAUGUUCGACAAGUUCGAUACAAGAAGCACUUAAAGCUGUUAUGGAGAAAACUAAUGGUGAUGAGUCUGCUUCAGGGAGUGUUAAGAGACAGAGAACCAAUAUGAUGAACAUCACUGAACACAGGUCUCUUUAAAUCACUAAGUCCUCACUCCUCUUUUUGUUCCUCUUGUUUUGUAACAUUGUGUGUGCUUCUUUGGGGUGUUUUUUUUUUUUUUAAAAAAAAAAAAUCUAUUUCCAAACAAAAAUAGGAAAUGGGUGGUUGAGUUUCAUGCAUGUGUUUUCUUCAUACCAUUCAUGAGUAUGAUAUGUGCGAGAGAGGAAGACAGUGAAGUGUCUUUUUCAAUAGGAGAGAGAACCUUGCAUAUAUCAAGGCCCUAACAUAGAAAAGGUGGACUUUGAUCCGGUUUGGACAAAAACAUGCGGUUUGGUUUUGUUUGUUUUGUA